AUGUACAUCACUCUCUACUACAUAGUCACCCGUCUCCCUGACUCCCCUCUCGUAGUUUGGGACCACUUCCUCUCAGUUUGCCCCACCACUCUCACCGUUGACCUCCUCGAGAAGGCCCUCCUAGCAGCAGAAAAGAGCAUAGUAGCUGUAGGAGCCUCUCGUGGUGACCCUCGCACCCCCAUCUUUGAGGGGUGUUCCCCCUCCCCUCUUUUGCCCUCUGUUGCCUCUGCUGCUGCAGCCGACCUCGUUGGUCUCGAGUCGGCCGGUGCGGCAUCUAACCCUAGUGGGAAGCGUUGCUCUGGCAAGGGCAAGGGGAGCAGGGGCGCUGGAGGAGCUAGCGGGGGCGGUGGAGGCGGCGGUGGAGGCAGUGGAGGGGGUGGGGGUGGUGGUGGGAGUGGUGGCGGGGGUGGAGGUGUCGGCGACGGCAGUGGAGGCGGAGGCGGCGGCGGCGGUGGCGGUGGGAGCGGAGGUGGUGGAGGUGGCGGAGGUGGAGGAGGCGGUGGCGGAGGAGGAGGAAGAGGAGGUCGUGGCUCUUCGCAGAGGAGUGGCUCCGGUGGUGGUCAGCGCCAGCAGCAGCAGCGCAGUCGGGAGACCCUGUCCCCUCAGCAGCUCCGUGAGUGGUACGCUGCACGCCAGCGUGGUGGGGGUACUGGUCCGUGCACCUACCUCCUGCGCACUGGCGACCGUGCGGGUGAGCAGUGUGGGGGUGCGCACCCCACCCAGCGCUGCUUUGGCCGCCUGACAGACGCUUGGCGUCACCAGUUCCCUGAGGCCACUAAGAUCCCUUGCUGGGGCGAGCUGUCUAGGGCAGGGGUAGCUAUCUUUGACCUUUACUUUGAUGCUAUUCUUGCUGCUAUGUAUACUGUGUCUAUUAGUGAGGAGGGUGACUGUGACCGGUGUUUCCCGCCCAACCCGGGCAUUGAGACUGCUGCUCUAGGUGCUGGUGAGGCUGUUGCUCUUGGUGCUAGCAAGGCUGCUGCUCUAGGUGCUAGUGCGUCUGCUCCCUCCAGUACUGGUGAGUCUGCGCUCUCAGUUGCACUCUCCCUGGCAGACCCCUCUGGGGAUCUUGUCCUUGCUCACUUCUCCACUGUCCUCCCGUGUCCGGCGGCCCCCUCUGGCACCCUGUCUGGUCUUUACCUCCCCUCGUUCUCUACGAACUUGGUAGCUGCGUCGGGUCAGGUGUUUGCUGCAGCGUCCAAGUCUGGUCCUGAGUCUGCCCCCUGCUCUUGUCACCUCCUGUCUCACGAGACUCUCCUCUGGCACCACCGCCUUGGUCACCCCUCCCUGCUUCGUCUCCAAACCAUGGCCUCCCGUAUCCUUGUCUCUGGUCUUCCCCGGUCCCUCUCUCCCCUUCCUCCGGGGCCUGGCCCUACCUGGGUCCCCUGUGUCGAGGGGCGGCAGCGGGCUACCACUCACUCCUCCCAGUUUCCUCCGACAGAGGCCCCGCUGCAAACGCUUUACAUGGACGUGUGGGGCCCCGCCCGCGUCCGUGGACAGGGUCACGAGCGCUACUUCCUGCUGGUGGUUGACGACUACUCACGUUACACCACAGUCUUCCCCUUGCGCAGCAAGGGCGAUGUCAUUGAGGUGUUGAUCGACUGGAUCCGCGCAGCUCGUCUCCAGCUCAGGAGGAGCUUCGGCUCGGACUUUCCUGUUUUGCGUCUGCACUCUGACAGAGGCGGAGAGUUCUCCUCUGGCCUUCUGCAAGCCUACUGUCGUGCACGAGGCAUCCGCCAGACCUUCACGCUUCCGAACUCUCCACAUCAAAAUGGGAUUCCUGAGCGCCGCAUUGGCAUGGUUAUGGACGUCGCCCGUACGUCCAUGAUGCAUGCAGCUGCCCCCCAUUUUCUGUGGCCGUUUGCGGUUCGGUACGCGGCGCAUCAAAUCGACCUUCAACCCAGGGUCUCCAUGUCGGAGACCUCCCCAGCUUUGCUGUGGACCGGGAACAUUGGCGAUGUGUCUGUGUUCCGUGUCUGGGGAUCUCGGGCGUUUGUCCGCGACUUGUCUGCGGACAAGCUGUCCCCUCGUGCUGCUCCUUGCGUCUUCCUGGGUUUCCCCCCUUACGUGCCAGGGUGGCAGUUCUACCACCCCACCUCUCGCCGUGUGUCCCACUUAGACGGUGUCGAGCCUGUCAAGGUCGCUGGUGACUCUGGUGCUGCUGAGGGUGCUGAGUCUGGGGGUGCAGACUCUGGGGGUGCUGAGCGUGUGGGUGCUACGCCUGGGGGUGCUGAGCCUUGGGGUGCUGAGUCUGGGGGUGCUGAGCAUGGGGGUGCUACGCCUGGGGGUGCUGAGCCUGGGGGUGCUGAGCCUGGGGGUGCUACGCGUGGAGGUGCUGAGCCUGGGGGUGCGGAGCCUGAGGGAGCUGGGCCUGCUGGUGCUGUGCCUAGCGGUUCUCCGAGUGUUUCUUCUCGCCGGGAGCCACUCUCUCCACAGGAGCUACGUGAGUGGUUUGCCCGGCGCUGGAGACGAGCUGCUGGAGCUGGAGGUGCUGCGGGUACUAGAGGUUCUUUUGCUGCUGAGGGAUUUGGUGCCACGGGUCCCGGAGGCGCUCGUACUGGGAGUACUGGAGCAGCUGGACCUGCGGGUACUUCUGGAGCUGGAGCUGCUGCGGGUGUUGGCGCGGAGGCUACUCCUGUUGGUACUGGAGGCGGUCCUGCUGGGGGUACUACUAGUGCUACUGGAGGUACUGAAGCUAGAGCUGCUACUGGUGCUGGUGCUACCACUGGGGGUGCUGGUGCUGUCCCUGCUGUGUCUGGAGUCGCUGCACGGCCUCGGCCGUACUUUCGUCCUCUUCCUCUCCCUAGCACACAACGGAUGUCUUUGCGUCCCUCCACUGCUCCUCUGCGUACCCCUUUGCCUUCUCCUCCUCUGUCUUCUCUUUCUGCUCUUGCCGACCCGGAGUCGGACUCUCUUCGUGCUGCCAGUCCUACUAUCACGCGUCUCCUUGCUACUGUUAUCACUGACCCUUCCUUUGAGUCCACUGCUGCGUCUACCCUAGUUGCUGAGCUCGUCAACUUUGCUGCUCGCUGUCGCCUAGACUACGCCGCCAGUCUUGUUGCUGAGUCUGAGUCUGUCUGUCCUCCGUCCGUCGGGGGUGAGUGUGCCCUUGGCACGGACGUCCUUGAGGACAGGCAGGAGGAGUUUCAGUGCUUGGCUGCUGCUUCACCUCAUCUCGUGUCCGUACUGCUUACCCCUGAGGGAGAAUCGGAUGCACUUGACAUCCCGACUCCGCGCUCUUACGCGGAGGCGAUAGAGGGUCCCUACUCCUCUCAGUGGCAGGCAGCUAUGGAUGCAGAGAUGGCUUCGUGGAAGUCCACGGGCACCUACGUUGACGCUGUUCCCCCUCUUGGGGCGAACAUCGUCAGUGGCAUGUGGAUUUUCAGGGUGAAGCGACCGUUGGGUUCUUCGCCUGUCUUCAAGGCGCGUUACGUGGCUCGUGGCUUCAGUCAACGGCAGGGAGUUGACUACUUUCAGACCUUCUCUCCCACUCCGAAGAUGACCACUCUUCGAGUACUGCUGCACAUAGCUGCUCACCGUGACUACGAGCUACACUCUCUUGACUUCAGCACUACUUUCUUGCAGGGCAGCCUGCACGAGGAGAUCUGGCUGCGCCGCCCACCUGGAGCCAUGGCUGCACAGGAGCUUCGCUGGCUCACCUACCUGCUGACUGACCUCGAAGAGCCGCCUAGUUCUCCUCCAGUGCUGUACGUCUACAACAAGGCCAUGCUGGCCCUGUGUCGGGAGCAGCGACCGGAGCACAGAACGAAGCACAUUGCUCUCUGCUAA